CGCUGUACGGUAUCCAGAGCCCCAUUGGCGCCCAUGUUGUGGUCGUGUUGAGGCGUGGAAGGCGGCGAGGGCGAUGGCGGAGCACGCGUGCGGUUGGGCAGUGGUGCUGUUCGUCGUCUUCCUGUGUAACCUGUGCAGGCUGCUGCUGCCCGCGUUCGCGCUGCUGGUGGUGCGGCUGACACAGCCGGACUCCGGACGGGAGCUGGAGCUGAGGGAGGAACUGCGGAAGAUGCGGCGGGAGCUUGCCACCAUCAGCGUCAUGGACGAGUUUGCACGCUACGCCCGCUUGGAGCGGCGCAUCAACAAAGCCAGCGACGAGCUGAAGACCUCGCUUCAGGCACGAACAACCCAGCUGACAACUAUGAAGUGGGUUAUAAACAUCUCCUUCUACACUCUGCAGGCAGUGGUGAUGAUCACUCUGAUAUGGAACUACUACUCUACACCGGUGGCAAUGCUCCCAUCCAAGUGGGUCUCACCUCUAGAAAAGCUCGUGGCUUUUCCCACAGGUGUCCCAGGAGGCAUAGGCAUCACGUGCUGGCUGCUGGUCUGCAACAAGAUUGCAGGCUUACUCUUCCAGCCGUUCACCUGAGACUGCAUCACUGAAACUCUCCUAUAUCAACUUAGGGCGCUUCGAGGCACAGCUCCGCCUGCCCAGCCUUACCUCCAGCGGGUCGCUCUAAUUGUGCGACGGCUUUUUUUUGGCGGACGCAGUAAAACCUUUAACAGCGACUCGCACGUCUGGCAGACUCGCUUCUUUGCGACUAAGUAUUGCUGUUUACUUGAUUUUGUUACCCUUUGUUUUUUUAAACGUGCAGACCUUGAUCGAUGUAUAUAUAAUACCCAGGUCAUGUUGGACUAUUUAUUAUGUAAGCGAGUAAUCAGCCGUGAACAAAAUCUUUGCAUCAAAAAUAAAUGUGCGUCAAAAAUA